AAAGGUCUGCAAGAAUCGUUUGUGUUUUCUCCCUGGAAAUGUGUGAGCACAAUAUCCUUAACUCUGGCUAUGUCGGUUCUCUUUUGAAUUUUCCCUCACCGGACUCGUUUUACUUCUCCAACAUACGAAGCAAUGGAGGCCAGGUCGCGGGGCUUCCCCCGAUUUCGUACAGCAGAAGAGACGUAUGCUCGUUCCCGUGGACUUCAUCAAGUUCGUGCACAUCUCCACCGCAGAGCCGAGCCUUCAGCGGUUACUCUCAGCCGUUCAUUACGAAUUCAACGCAUCAGUGUACAAGCCCAAACAAUCACAAGGGCCAACGGGAAGAUUCUAGUAAAUACUAUUUUCAGGAUACAAACCUCAAGCCCGAGGAGUCUGAAAUGCAAACAUCCUCUUUUGCAGGUGAUUGUGGAAUAACAUAUUCUGUUGCUUCCCUCAAACAUGGAAUUUCAAACUUGGAGAGACUUUCGCAAAACGCUGGCCACGCUGAACUCAAUUCCAGCACUCAGGCAAUAACCGAAGGCAUCAAACAGUCGGUCAACUCCAAUGUUACAGUGGCAUCUUCAAGUGUACACUGGGGCCCGUUACAAGUGAGAUCCAGAAAGAAACGUAAACCGUAUACGAAGCCACAGCUCUCUGAGCUAGAGAACGAAUUUCUGAUGAAUGAAUUCAUAAACAGACAGAAACGAAAGGAGCUCUCUGACAGACUGAACCUCAGCGACCAGCAAGUAAAAAUCUGGUUUCAGAAUCGAAGGAUGAAAAAGAAAAGACUGAUGAUGCGCGAACGCGCAUUUUCAAUGUAUUGAGAAGUCCCGGCGACAAUGACCUGCGCACGAGCCUAGGCGAGUUUCCUUUCCGGAUGAAGGGGACCUUUUCGGAAGUCAGCCAGAUGAAGUCCACCGUCGAGCUAUCGGCUCAAGAUAGCUAUGAACUCUCACUAAGAAGUGUUCAAAUGUGUCUAUUUCUGAAUUAAUAUGAAAGCAUACGUCCCAGAGGUUCUGCUUUGCAGCUGCAUAGUAAAUUGAUUGGAAUGUUUGAGUAUAUGAACGCAUAUUAUCUUCUAUUAAAUCGUUAGAAUUUAGAGGAAAUGUGGAAAAACGUUUUAGCCUUACUCAAGUAAUGGAAGCAAGUGAUGAAUAACGCGUAUUGUGUCAAGCAUGCAAUUAGAAUAUGAAUACAGUGUUUAAAAUGUCUUUAUCUCCCCUUAUGAAAUUCUGUCAUUUACUGUAGACGACAAAUUAUAUUUUAAAUUUGACAAUUUGGCAUGUUACAAAGUAUUUCCAGAGGAUCUGUUUGCGCCUGUUUUAGUGUCGCAUGAUCAAUAUGUCGUCCAUGAUUAUUUGUGUGAUAUAGAAAUGCAGUAACUUAAAAUCCAAGAAGACCACCUCGAAUAAUGUCCAAAUGAUUGCAGGAAAAAAUGAUGCACAAUACCGCUGUCCCAUGUAUGGGUGUAUGUAUGUGUGUAUGUGUGUAUGGAUGUAUGUAUGUAUGUAUAUAUUUGUUUUAAUGUAUAACCAAUUCAAUUGUUUUAAUAAAUAUAAAGACUGCAAUUGGGCCCUUAUUCUGCUGAGUGAAACAGAACAAGUUAAUCGUGUUAAUUAUUGUACCUGUAUUAUUUGAAUGUUUAUCUAAUAAUUUAGUAUAUCCAAUUCAUAAAGCGAUUGUUGUUCAUACAUACAUAGUAGAAAAUGUUCAGUAUUUGUACAAGUCACAGGACAACGUUGUUUGUUGUUUGAGACAGAUGUCCUUGAGUGCGAGUUGUGUAUUCUGUGGGUCUUUAAAAGUUUAAUUGCGGGCAGAGUCCAAGCUCAAGUUCGCUGAGAAGUAAACCAAGAGAAGUAUAGACUAAGACUAAGAGUAACUAAGUUACUACAACUCUCCAAACGUGGUUCAUUUACAACGAAGCUUAGAUGUGUUUAAUAAUAUAUUUUGGAGCACACAAUGGCCUCAUAAAAUCAUUUUUGGCAAUGCUGCAUCACAAGUUGUUGAUUAUAUCUGUCAGGGCGGAGUAACAGGGUAUUUCUGUUGCUAUGUUUAUGAUUUGGUCAUUUGUCGAUGCAAUGUUUAUAAUAGAUCAAGGGUAAUAGAUAAAUGUUGUCAGUAUAAGAAUGCUUACUUACAUUGGUCUUUGUUGUGUAUAUUAUUGCGUAAAUUGAAUAGUUUAACAGCAUAUAAUCUGUUCUGGGAUGCAUUAUCGAAAAGAAAGGUAACAGGUAGAGAUGUAUCAAAUGCUAUCGGUUUAAAUGGUGCACUGUAAGAAACUACCACAACUGCAAUUAAAUAAAA